UGGCGCCGGGAGGGGAAGUUUCUCCGCGAAGGAGGCGGCGGCGGCGGCUUCAGCCAUGUCAGCGGGCGGCGCGGGGCAGCGAGAACCCGGGGCCUCGGGCGGGCGCCGGAGCAAAUGGGACCAGCCUGGGCCUUCCCCAGCUCUGUUUCUCCUUCCUGCCACCACCCCUGUGGCCGGCCGGCCCCUUCAGGGCAGCGGAGACGGGAUGUCGGGCCCUGAAGGCUCCGCAGCCCCUUUAGGAGCCCUCGACGCUGCGGCGGCCGUGGCAGCGAAAAUCAACGCCAUGCUGAUGGCAAAAGGGAAGCUGAAGCCGACGCCGAAUUCAGCAGACAAGCUUCAAGCUCCGGGGAAAGGUCCGGCCACGAACAAAAGCAAAGACGACCUUGUGGUGGCUGAAGUGGAAAUCAACGACGUGCCGCUCACGUGCCGGAACCUCCUAACAAGAGGACAGACGCAGGAUGAGAUAAGUAAGCUGAGCGGGGCAGCAGUCUCCACUCGAGGGAGGUACAUGACUGCUGAAGAGAAAAUAAAAGUUGGCCCCGGUGAGCGUCCACUGUACUUACAUGUCCAAGGACAGACAAGAGAACUGGUGGACAGAGCCGUCAACCGAAUCAAAGAAAUCAUUACUAAUGGUGUGGUCAAAGCAGCAACUGGGUCCAGCCCCACCUUCAACGGGGCGACGGUGACCGUCUACCACCAGCCUGCGCCCGUCACCCCUUUGCCCCCGGCCGUCGGGCAGAAGCCACCCUUCCAGUCUGGGGGAAUGCACUAUGUCCAAGACAAGCUGUUUGUGGGCUUGGAGCACGCGGUCCCCACCUUCAGCGUCAAGGAGAAGGUGGAAGGGCCGGGCUGUUCCUAUUUGCAGCACAUACAGAUAGAAACGGGUGCCAAGGUGUUCCUCCGGGGGAAGGGCUCCGGCUGCAUUGAACCUGCCUCUGGUCGAGAAGCCUUCGAACCCAUGUACAUUUACAUCAGCCACCCCAAGCCGGAAGGCCUCGCCGCAGCCAAAAAGCUUUGCGAGAACUUACUGCAGACCGUCCAUGCAGAAUACUCGCGGUUCGUAAACCAGAUGACCACUGCGAUGCCGUUAACAGGCUUCACGCAGCCGGCGACCAUCGCAACUGUUCCUCCCCAGCCACCAUACUACCCGCCCAACGGCUUCCAGGCCAGCUACCCCGUGGCUCCGCCCCCUCAGCAGCCAGGCCAGCCUCCUUACGUGGUGCCGGGCAUCGGACCCCCCGCCGUUCCAAUGGCGCCGGGGGUAUUGGCCCUCCCCACCAGCGUCCCGCCCGUGCCCACCCAAUACCCAAUCACGCAAGUCCAGCCUGCUGCUACCACCAGCCAGACUCCGCUAAGCACUCCUUUCUUGCCCGCUGCUCCUGGAAAGACGAGCCUGCCAAGUGGGACGCAGCCCCCAGUACAGCCCCUGCCUCAGCUGGGCCAGAAGAGACGAUUCACCGAGGAGCUACCAGAUGAGCACGAAUCCGGAUUGCUGGGAUACCAGCAUGGACCCAUUCAUAUGACUAAUUUAGGUACAGGCUUCUGCACUCCGACUGAAAUGGAUGGAACAGGUUCGAAGCCAGCAGGUUCCUCAGGAAAGGAGAGAGAGAGGGACAGGCAGCUGAUGCCACCGCCGGCGUUACCUGUGACCGGGAUGAAACCGGAGCCCGACGACAGAAACGGGUCCUUGGGGGGCAGCAACGAUCACCCAGCGAAGAAGAUGAAACCGGGCGAGAAGGAAUUCGGACUGGUGGCCUAUGCCGGCGACUCCUCGGACGAAGAGGAAGACCACGGGGGUCUUAAAAAUGCAAGUAACUACUCACAAACGUGGCGGUUAGGAUACCAGUAUCCUUCGUCGUCGCAGCAGCGGGCUAAGCAACAAAUGCCAUUUUGGAUGGCCCCUUAGCCCCCGAACGCCGGUCGUCCGUCUCAAGCAAUAACGCAUGUACUUGAUCAAACAGUCCCCGUGACAUGGACCUCGACCCUGCUCUCUGCACAUGCUUUGGAGAUGCAGUACGCCUCCUUUGUGGCUGGGCUGUUUUCCUUCCCCCUUGCUACGUCUGCAGUAGAGAGUGACUUUAAAAUCGCCGGCUUAUUGGAACACAGUUGCAGAUAUCUGUGUUUGUGUGAUACUUGCAAGGACCUUCCUCUCCCUGCGUUUCCUCCCGGACCUUCUUGAGCAUCAGUUCUGGCCGUUGGAAGAGGCUGCAGCCAGGCAGCUGCCCCACUUAACCAGCUGGUGCUCCGUGUUUCUUUCCCUCUCGGGGAGGGAGGAUUUUCCAGUUGUGUGUUAACGCUUCAGCCUUCUGAAAUGGAAGAUGAAAGCCAUUGCUGGAUAACGUUGACUCUAGAACCACCUCUUUUGGGACGUAUUUCUGUUCCACCUCAGCAUCUUUUUUUU